AUGGUCCAAAGCCAUUAUCGUCAAGCUUGUGUGCAGAACAUGGGAUUCAACUACAUCCAAACAAAACUCAACCAGCUAUGGAAACCUUCAAGUAGAAUGGAUUGUGUUGAUCUUCAGUAUGGGUUCUUUUUGAUCUGCUUAUACGCUAAGGAAGACUUGGAUUUUGUAUUACAGAGGGGUCCUUGGUUCAUAGGUGACCAUUUCCUUUCUUUGAGACCUUGGGAGCCAUUUUUCAAACCCUCCAUGGCAAAUGUCGAAUUUGUUGCAGUCUGGGUGAGGUUGAAUGAGUUGCCCAUUGAGUUGUAUGAAAGGAAUGUGCUUAGGCAAAUUGGUGAGGCGAUUGGAAGGGUGUUGAGGAUUGACACGCAUACAACCCUGGAAGCUCGGGGUAAGUAUGCGAGGUUGUGUGUCCAGAUUGAUACGAGCAAGCCACUGACCAACACCAUUGUCAUGGGACGCUUCGAACAACCAGUCAUGUAUGAGGGUAUCCAUAGCUUAUGCUUCUCCUGUGGACACGUCGGGCAUCAGAAGGAUGCUUGCUCGUUCAUUAUUUGGAAAUGUAAGGAGGUUUUAGUGUUGGUAGACUUGACGGAGGAAGGGCCGGAGAAGAACUCAUGUAGUUUGCAUGAUUCUGUUCGUACUGACACCUCUAGAAACGUGACAAAAGAUAGUGGCACAGAAGAGGAGGGGCUGUAUGGACCUUGGAUGGCCCAGAGGUUGAAAUUGAGAGAUUCUGUCAAGGGUAAGCAAGUCAUUGCACGGGGAAGAUUAGGUUCACCUAGUACAAAGAGUGCUAUUGACUCUCAUCCAGGUACAUCUCCUCUCCAACUUGCUUCCAUUCUCAAUCAUGGACCUGAACUACUCUCCAGAGCACCCUUCAAAUUCACGGCCAAUGCUGAAGUCGAGGUGGGCCACCAACCUGAAGGGGGAGGUGAUGGAGGUGCUGGAGAUCAUAAGGUAGAGGUUGCUAAUGGAGGGUCCGCUAUUUAUGCUAGUCCUAGAAGUGAGGAGAGGCAGGUCUUAUGGAAUAAUUUGGCUAAAGUGGUUGAACUACACAAUAAGCCCUGGAUCAUGGUAGGGGACUUCAAUGAGCCACUAAUAGAAGGGGAUAAAUUUGGAGGGAGAGGUGUGAGUCUCAAUCGCUCCCUUUUAUUUAAGGAGUGUUUGGACAGGUGCAACAUGAUUGAUAUGGGGUUUUCGGGUUCGAGAUACACCUGGACAAACAAAAGAGACAUAAAUGACCUCAUUCUUGAAAGGAUUGAUCGGUUCUUCAUGAAUCCCACAUGGAGCCACAAUAUAAAUCUGGUCGACUCCAUUGAUACAUUCACCAAAGAUGCUGCCUUGUGGAAUAAAAACAACUUCGGGAAUAUUCAUACUAAGAAGAAAAGAGUCCUCACAAGACUUUAUGGGGCCCAACGAGCUUUAUCAAACAGGCUGAGUGCACCUCUUAUCGAGUUAGAGAAAACUCUCCAUUUAGAAUUGGGGACACUUUUGGACCAGGAAUGA